CCCUCAGCCGGGGAUGAGGGGCCCAGCGGGGCGGCCCCAGGGACGGGACAGGCAGCGGUGACAAGCCGCGUUCUCCAAGUCCUGGUUUCACUUCGUUUCAGGGCUGGAGUUCGACUUGGCUACAAAUCUGGUGGGGCAGCCCCUGGUGAGGCAGCAGGUGAUGAAGGGGCUGAGGGGCUUCCUGGAGAACCCGAACCCAGUGAAACCCCUCGUGAUGUCCUUCCACGGCUCCACAGGAACAGGCAAAACCUACGUGAGCUCCAUGCUCAUCCGCUACCUCUUCCAGAGGGGGCUCCAGAGCCCCUAUGUUCACCACUUCUCCCCCAUCGUGCAUUUCCCCCACGCCGAGCACAUAGAGCAGUACAAGGAGAGCCUGAAGCGCUGGAUCCAGGGGAACCUGACCAGCUGUGGACGCUCAGCGUUCCUCUUUGAUGAGAUGGACAAGAUGCACCCAGGCCUGAUUGAUGUGAUCAUCCCGUUCCUGGGGCCCUCGUGGGUUGUGUACGGCACCAACUACCGCAAAGCCAUCUUCAUCUUCAUCAGCAAUGCAGGAGGGGAGCAGAUCAACAACGUGACGUUGGCUCUGUGGCGUGCCCGCAAGGACCGGGAGGAGAUCAGCCUGCAGGACCUGGAGCCAGCCAUCUCCAAGGCCGUGUUUGAAAACCCUGAGAGUGGCUUCUGGAAUUCUGGGAUCAUUAAUGAGCAUCUCAUUGAUUUUGUUGUGCCUUUCCUCCCACUGAAGCACCACCACGUGAAGCAGUGUGUUGUCAGUGAGCUCAUCCAGCAAGGCCUCGAGGUGCGCCCAGAUGUGGUCCAGGAGGUGGCUGACAGCAUCCCCUACUUCCCAGAAGAGGAGAAAUUAUUCUCAUCAACAGGCUGCAAAACAGUGGCCUCUCGCAUCAGUUUUUUCUUCUAGUCACUGGCAAGGGCCUCUCUGAGAUCCACGUGGAGCUGGAAAGCAGGCAGGGCUGGUGGGAUGUGCAGUGGGAAUGGUGUGUGUGUCACUCCCCACAGCACAAGUGCUCUCCUGCUGAGCUCUCUCCAGCUCCAAGGAGCCCGCUGCAGGAUGCAGCUGCAGGACAAGUGCAAAUUAUGUAAUUUAAAGCACUUUACUGAUUGACUCUGGGCCAGGUAAAGGUGGAUCCACCACCUGAGACAUGUGUGAUGACAUGGGGAAGAUGCUGAGAGGGUCUGCAGUGUCAGGGAGGUUCUCACCCUGUCAGCAGCACCCCUCCAGAGCUCUCCCCACUUCUGGCAGCUGUUGAUACCCAAUAGGUUAAGAUUCUGAGCCCAUAUAAAAAUAUUUCUUCCUUACAGCAUUUUAACAGGUUUUUUUAAACCUUUUUAAGCAUAGCUGUGCCUCAGCUCCUUGGCACAACCUACUGGUGCUGACUCCUGUGAACACCUCAACAUGGCAACCAGGGUUUCUUUUCAAGGAAGUUUUAGAGCCACCCACAUUCCAGUUUCCUUUCACUGUGAAUAGGUGCUUGGUAGCUUCCACACUAAUGAGAGGGGUAAUGUGGGAGAGGGGAACACCUGAUCUGCCAUGAGCCAGACUCCCCUACCACCCCUUCAUCCAUGUUUCCCCUAAGGGCCAAAGGAUUUCCCUGUAGCAAACCAGGAAAACAACAACAAAAGACUUCUUGCUUGUUUUAUCAGCCGUGAAGAAUCUCAUCCUACCUCCAGGGGAGCCCACAGUGCUGCUAACGGUUUUGAAAAUUCCUUUUAUUCACUGAUGGUUUCUACAGCAGAGUUGGUGCUGUGAGCUGUGGAGCUCCUUGUACAUCCUUGUGCUGGUCAGACCUUGCAGGCUUUGGCUGGGCCAGCAGCCAUUCAGCUUCUGGGGAGUGUCACAGUGGGGACGUGGGGACAAGUUAGAGAAGCUUAGUGCUCCAGACUGCCAAGCAGGGGAUGCACAGCCUGGCUUUUGCCUGGAUUUUAAUGUCCUCUAUGCUGUUAUGGAAUAAGAGGUCAGGGGAA